AUGAUCUCUAACCAGGAUGUUACGAGUAUUUUAUCUGAAUAAGUUAUCCAUACUGAAAAAAUAUAAGAGUGUGAAGGUUUUACACCAAAUAAGAAUUAUGAUAAGAUGUUAAUCAAAAAGAAGUUUCAAUUUAUAUUUGAUAAUCAUAAAAAGAAAAUUUUUUAUAUAUUAGAUGGAAGGAUUUUUAGAUGGUAUUUAAAUUAAUAAUAAUUUAAGUGAUUACUGUGAACCAUUCGAAAUAAUGAUGAAUUUUGAAUAAAUUAUGUAUCUAAAUUGGAAAGGAGAUUGGAAACAAAAUUAAAAGAAAAAUGGAAAAUUCAGAAUGAAAUCCGAUUGUUUUCUAUUUAAUGGAAAUACUCAUUUGCAAAAGGUAAUUGAAUUUUUAAUUACAGUCAUUAUUCGAAAAAACCUUAAUUAAGGGUUUAAAUAUUAUUAUAUUGGGUAAAAUAAAUGAAUAUAAUUUUCGCUAUUUCCAAUGUUUUUUCCAUUUAUAUGACAGUUUAUAAUGGCUAUAUUUAAUUUCAAUUGUUUUUAUUUUAAUCAAUGCUACUUAAAAAAUUUCAUAGGACCAAUACUUUUUCAAUCAAUAUUUCUUUUGCAGUGUUUUUAUUUUAUUUAGUUUCAAUACAAAUAAUUAGAAAAAAUAAAGGAAUUUGAUAUUCUUAAUAAUAUUAAGAUUAUUUUUAAAAUUUAACAAGUUUAAGGAUGUUACUGACAUUAUUUAAAUAAUUUUAAUUUUUGUAUUAUAGUUGAAACUCCAAAAAACCAAAAUUUUGAUAAUUGUUUUAAUAAUUUAAAAUAAAGUUGAUCAGCUUUUGGAUUUUUUUUGA